GCUGAAUUGGCACCACUGUUGCGCGACACCUCGGAUACGGACAUCUAUCUUUUUCCGCAUCCGCAUCCCAACGCUCCAGCUUUGCCUAAAAUGCUAAAGGGCAGCACACUGAAAGCCCUGGACGUCAGAAUCCUACGACCCCUUAUUCAAACAAGGUCAGCAGCAAAAUUGUCCGUGCCACUCAGGUUGCUCUUCUCCUGUUGCAGUGGAGGCUAUCAGCGCAGCUACUCCAACAGCAUCCACAGGUCCUACAUCACCUUCAAUGAUUUCCGCAACAAGCAUCGUUGGUACACCAAGAAGGAGCUCGUGGGGUACUCCAUGCAGGACAUUUACAGCGUGGUCUCCGACGUCAGCAACUACUACAAGUUUGUGCCGUACGUGAAGCGUUCCCACGUGCACAGUCAGGAAAAAGGAGGCUUCAAGGCGGACCUUAUCGUGGGCUUCCCGCCGCUCAGCGAGUCGUACACCUCGCAGGUGACCCUGGUGCCGCCCAGCUUGGUCAAGUCCGAGUGCCACGAUGGACGCCUGUUCAACUACCUGCUGAACGAGUGGCGCUUCAGUCCUGGACUCAAGGACAUACCUAACUCGUGCGUUCUGGACUUCAAGGUCUCCUUCGAGUUCAAGUCCCUGCUGCACAGUAACGUGGCCAACAUAUUCUUCGACCUCAUCUGCGACCAGAUGGAGAACGCGUUCAUCCAGGAGGUGCGCCGUCGGAGCGGGCCGCCCUCGAUCCGCUCGCACGUGCUCACCUCGCAGCGCUCUUGACCAGAGGAAGUGGUAGUCUUUCUAGUGAUUUAAGUUGAAGUUGUGUACCUCUUUGUUAGAACAAUUAACCAAAUUGUAAAUAAAUUGUCUACCGAUUUGUGUAUAAACGGACAA